AUGCGCGUGCUUCCUGUGACAGCAUCGGCACUUGCAGUGCUUCCUCUUCUGGCCCAGGCCAAUGUUUCCGGAGAUGUUCAGAGCCUGAUGCAACAAUGCACGGGACUUGACUUUGGCUCGUGGAACGAACAAAGCCUGCGCAGCUACCUCCUCGACCGCGGCAUCGUAUCGCCAUCGUCGACUCAUGAAAAGUUGGUGCAACUCGCCAAGUCGGACUGCUCGAUGCUGGCUGACCAGGUGCAGGCUGCGACCGACGCGGCCAAGACGGCAGCCGCUGACAGCAUGAGCUCGGCUAUGAGUCUUGCCAGCUCUAUCCACUCGGCGGCGCCUACGCAGGUGUCCAGUGUUCACAGCAAGCUGGCUCGCUCUGCCUCGACGGUGUCGAGCGAGGCGUCCUCCACGGUGUCAAGUCUGGCCGCCACCGCCUCUAAGACGGCGUCACAGGCGGUGCACGACGUGUCUGCCUACUUGGACGACACCAAGGACUAUGUAUACAGCGAGUGGAACACGAAGCAGCUCAAGGACUGGCUCAAGAAGCACGGUGUGCAGCUGCCCACCGAGGCGCCUUCCAAGGAACAGCUCCUCGAGCUGAUCCGCGAACCAUACAACAAGCUCACGUACAGCAAACCGUACGAGCGUCUCUCGACAGAAUACCUGCGUCAAUGGCUCGUGGAGCACGGCUUCCUCGAUUCACAGGCGAAAAAGACCCGCCGCGAGUACCUGGAUCUCGCAAAGGACUACUACUACUACGUGCAGGACUCGGUCUACGAUACGUGGCAGGACGCAGACCUGAAAGGCUGGCUCGUCUCGCACGGCUUCCUCCGGUCGGAUGCGACCAAGACGCGCGAUGAGCUGUACGCGCUCGUUAAGGACAAGUACAACACCGUCUCCGACUCCCUGUGGGCGGGCUGGCGCGACAGCGACAUGCGCCAGUACCUGGAGCGCGAGGGCGUGCGACUGGACGCAGCGGCAUCGCGCACCGACCUGGUUGCGCUGAUGCAGGAGCAUGCAUCGGCACUCUCGUCGACGGCAAGCAAGUACAUCUCGUGGUCGGACGCCAAGUUGCGUGGCUUCCUGAAAGACCACGGUGUGCGUCUGGAGGACCUGCCGAAGGACCGCAAUGAGUUGCUGCGCAUGAUGCGUGCCUACUACGUGCCUACGUGGUCGAGCGACUGGCACGAGCGCGCCGUGCACUUCUUGCAUCGCCUCCAAAGCGGCGUGCGUGAUGUGUUUGGUAAUUCGGCGGAGCAGGUGUACCGCCUGAACGCGGACCGCAUCGGCUCGUAUGUGGCAUCGGCUAGCGCUAGCGUGAGCUCGAUGGUCCACAACGAGCUCUAA